AUGGCCGUCCCGUCUGCUCGCGAUCUUGAUGAAGUCCUUCCAGGCACACGCCGUCUAUUUACAGACGAAAGGGCAAGCGUCGCCUCCAACGAUACCGGUGUCGAAAAACACGGCGAUGUCAUUCUCGUUCCGUCUCCGACAAAGUCUCCCAACGAUCCAUUGAACUGGAGUCUUGCGCGCAAGAUCUGGCACUCUUUUCUGGUGUGUUACAUCGUCGCUUUGACUGCUGCUACCUCGAAUGUCGCCGGCGCUGCCAGUACUGGCGUGAACGAGAAAUAUGGCAUUAGCUACGAUGUGUUCAACACCGGCGCGGGCGUACUCUUUGUCGCAAUUGGAUACUGGACGCUUCUGAGUUCACCUGCGACCCAUCUCUACGGACGUCGUAUUCUAUACUUGGUAGGGACGGUAUGGGGUCUUAUUGGAAAUAUCUGGUUUGGUCAUUUGACCAACACGGCCGACACGGUUUGGUCCCAGCUUUUCGUUGGGGCUUCUGAAUCUGUCGCCGAGGCAGUUGUGCAGCUUUCUCUGCUAGAUAUCUGGUUCGAGCACCAGAAUGGUACUUCGCUGGGUAUGUAUACCCUUGCGACAACAGUCGGUACCUAUAUUGGACCUCUGAUUGGAGGCUAUCUGGCUGAACAUGUUGGCUGGCGCUGGAUUGGUCACAUGGGUGCUAUCGCGUCGGGUUUUACUCUGCUUCUUUUCUACUUUGGUCUCGAGGAGACAGCCUUCGAGCGCAGUCGCUAUAUUGACCUUGAGCUCGUUGAGGAGCGCGACGCUGUCCGAGGCAAUGUUGAAGGUGUCGCCGAGCCAAUUCCUGCCCAUCAUGGCGACCACGUAAUUACCAAGGACGCAACGGAGAAGGGUAUCAAUGCGCCUGUCGAUGAGGAAGCAGACAUUGCGCGCGAUGCUUCUGCGCGACGACGCGAAGAGGUUGAACGCAACAGACUCUCUGAUUCGUUCGCACGCAAGAAGUCGUACUGGCAGCGUAUUGCCCUCAUCACACCGGCGUCCAACUUGCGCGGAUUGGGUUUGAAGCAAUACGUCCACCGCCUGUGGCAUACCAUGCGUAUCUUUUCCUUUCCCGCAGUUUGGUACGCUGGUCUGCAGUGGGGAAUGCAGAACAUCGCGCUGUCAUUCUACCUUACUGUCGAGGAGGAUUACUGGGUCAGAGAACCUUAUAACUACAGCGACUCAGCUGUCGCUAACAUGAACAUUCCGACUCUGAUUGGAAGUGUAAUUGGCUGUUUCUACGGUGGAUACUGCAGCGACAAGUUCAUUCUCUGGAUGGCGAAGCGCAAUAAGGGUGUCAUGGAGGCUGAGUACCGUCUCUACCUCAUGGUUCUUUGCGUCAUCAUCUUUCCCUUGGGUAUGUGGUUAUUUGGUAUCGGAUCAGCUCAGCACUGGGACUGGCCCGUUCCUUACGUCGCCCUGGGCUUCAUCGGCUUCGGGUACGGCUGCGCAGGUGAUCUGAGCAUCACUUACCUCGCCGAUAGUUACCCGGACAUGGUCCUAGAGGGCAUGGUGGGCGUGGCUGUUAUUAAUAACUCCAUCGCCACCAUUUUCACCUUCGUGUGUAGCUACUGGCUUGAUACUGGCUUGCAAAACACCUUUGUUGAGCUUGGUGUUCUGAGCUUUGUCGUUAUCCUGACUUCUCUUCCCAUGGCUGUCUGGGGUAAGGCAUCGCGACGAUGGACUUUAGAACGAUAUGCUAACUUUUUACGCAUUCGUGAUGGUAUGGAUAUGUAG